AAUGUAAAGGUAAAUUUGGAUGUGUGGAAUCCUUAAAAGAAACACAAAAAUUAUUUGAAAAUGAUGAUAAUUGUGGUUCUAGUGUUGAUUCGCGUAAUGAUGCAGACGAUGCUGAUUCUUGA